GCUCGACACGAGGGGAGCAGUGGAACGGUUUCGAUGAGCACUGUGGCUGUUGCAAUGGCGUUGCUGUUGCUGCUUGGCUUCAAACAUGGCGAUGCUGCUGCAACUUUUGUUGUUGGCGACUCGAAUGGAUGGAACCUGGGCGUGGAGGGAUGGCCUAAUGGGAAGGUGUUUAGAGCCGGUGACAUAUUAAGAUUCAACUAUAACCCGAUAGUUCACAACGUGGUGAUAGUGGACGAGGGGGGUUAUAGAAGCUGCAUAGCUCCAAGAGGCGCCAAAGUGUUCAAUUCAGGCAAGGAUGAGAUCAUGCUCUCAACAGGACACAGCUUCUUCAUAUGCGCCACGCUAGGCCACUGCCAAGGUGGAAUGAAAAUUGCUAUCAAUUCCCUCUAGUUCUCAACCCCCCCG